ACAAAUUUCACUCGGAGCCCCAACUAGAAGCUCGGAUCCUCGUCGGAAAACCAUGGCCUUGAGCAAUGGACUUAGUGCCGUCGAUACGGAUGCUGUCAUUCGACGCUCUGGUUCAGAACCCCAACCGGAAUCGAAGGAGGACUUGGAGCAGCUGGAGAGUGAUCUGCCGAAGAUGGCCCAGAAGAUUCUAGAAUACAGAGCGGCGCUUCCGGAUGAGCUCAAGGCCACUCUUGCAACGGGGCUGUCCGUUCAUAGACCCAUUUUGCCUGGCAUGGACCCUGGACCAUCCAAGGAGCGCAACCCAGAUUCAAGACCGGUUGAAUCCAAUAGUGAGAAUUCAAUUAUUUCAAUGGCAGAUGGCGAGAAAAGGACUACAGAGAAGAUAGUUUCGGUAGAAGAUAAAGUUUCUGCCAAGAGGUUGAGAGAGUGUAUCUUCAGGAUGGAAAAACUAGACUCUUGCAAUGGAAUCAUGCAUCCAGCUUUUAGAAAGAGAAAAGACCAGUUGCGUUGAGUUUGAUAGCAGGUGAUGGUUUGACACAAGGUAGGUUCCAUAAUUGACCAAGUUCAACAUUGAAGUACUUGGAUUUUGUAUGAAGUCUUUGCUUCUGUCACAACUAUUGGAUUCGGAGGUUUCCAAGCAGUGUAAUCGCUGCAAUGUUUUUUAAUAUUUGUGCUACACAAUGUAAACGUCUUCUUUUGUAUGCAAUUUGUUUAUGUCCUUUGCUUCUCAAUUCUGCAUUAAUUAAGCAAUUUGGACCUU